UCAUCUUCACCACAUUAAUUCAUCCAAUCCAAGAGAAUUAAAAAAAAGUAUGAAUAAGUCAACUUUUCUUCUUCUUGUUUCUCUUCUACCUUCCAUCUUCUUCCUCCUCUCGGGAGCUUCCAACGGCCAGUGGCAGCUCCUACAAAAGAGCAUAGGCGUAGUGGCCAUGCACAUGCAGCUUCUGAACAACGACCGAGUCAUCAUCUACGACCGCACCGACUUCGGCCUAUCCAACCUAACCCUUCCCAGUGGCAAGUGUCGCUACGACCCCACCGAGAUGGCUCUCAAAAAAGACUGCUCCGCUCACGCAGUCGAAUACGACGUCGCAUCCAACACCUUCCGUGCCCUCUUCAUCCAAACCGACGUCUGGUGCUCCUCCGGCUCCGCCGUCGCAGACGGCACACUCAUCCAAACCGGCGGCUACGGGGACGGCGAACGUAAAGUAAGGCACUUCGUUCCAUGCGAAAACUGCGACUGCGACUGGCAAGAGAUCGAUAACGCCCUCCUCGUUAAACGAUGGUACUCCACCAAUGUGCACUUGCCUGAUGGACGACAAAUUAUAAUCGGAGGAAGAAGAGAGUUUAACUACGAGUUUCAUCCUAAGACACACACUAAGCAUAAAAGACCCUACUAUUUACCUUUUUUGCUUCAAACCAAUGAUAAGGGCGUGGAGAACAACCUUUACCCGUUUGUUUUUUUAAACGUGGAUGGAAAUCUUUUCAUUUUCGCUAACAACCGCGCCAUUCUGUUUAACUACAAAAACCGUAGGGUAUUGAGAACGUACCCAGAGAUACCAGGAGGAGAUCCUAGGUGUUAUCCUAGUACAGGUUCCGCGGUUUUGCUUCCUUUGAGAAACUUAGAAGCAGCGACUGUCGAGGCUGAGGUUUUGAUCUGCGGUGGGGCCCGCAGGGGGGCUUUUCAGCUUGUGCGCAAAGCUGUGUUCUCCCCAGCCAUGGAUUCUUGCGCCAGGAUUAAGAUUACCGAUCCCAAUGCCACGUGGACGGUCGAGACCAUGCCCAGAGGGAGGGUCAUGAACGACAUGCUCAUGCUCCCCAACGGCCGCGUUUUGAUUAUAAAUGGAGCCUCAUUGGGAGUGGCCGGGUGGGAGAUGGGCAAAAACCCGGUUCUCGAACCGGUUAUUUACAAACCAAACAGUCCGGUUGGCUCACGGUUCAUCUUGCAAACCGCGAGUGAUAUUCCUAGGAUGUAUCACUCAACCGCGGUUUUGGUUCGCGAUGGAAGGGUUAUCGUUGGUGGCAGCAACCCUCACGAGAAGUAUCGAUUUUUUAACGUGACAUAUCCUACGGAGUUGAGGUUAGAGGCGUUUUGGCCUUACUAUUUGGACGCACAGUAUGCUAACGUGCGUCCGAUGAUUGUAGAGCCUGUUUCGCAUGCCAAUGUGACGUAUGGUGAAAAGUUUAAGAUGAGUAUCAAGGUGAAUGGGACGGUCGUGCCCGAGUUGUUGACGGUUACGAUGCUGGCGCCGCCGUUUAACACGCACUCUUUCUCCAUGAAUCAGAGGCUGCUGGUGUUGUCCAUUGGAAAGCUUAAUGUUGGUGGAAAAUCGAGUUGUGAAUUUGAGGUGACGGCGCCGGCUUCCGCCGUGCUUGCACCACCCGGGUUUUAUUUGCUAUUUGCGGUUCAUCAAGAUAUUCCCAGCGAGGGAAUUUGGAUCAAGAUACAGUGAUUUCUUUGUGUUUCUUUCCAUCGGAAAAGAUUGUGCGUUUUAAUUAUCAUUUAGUAGUGAUCUAAAAGCAUUUUUUUUAGAAUUCAAUUGAAUUGAGGGACCAU